AUGAGCUCUAUCCUUCAUAACAGCUCCAGCAAUGCGUGGGUUAUGGAGGCUCAACAAAAUGUCACCACGGCAGCCAGUGGGGCCUUCAGCAUUCAAAGCAUGGUGGCAGCUGUUCAGCAGCUGUCGUACUGGAAAUUGUUUGUUACCGUAAUUUGUGUGGGCCUGGCAUGGGACCAAAUCUCGUACCAGAUAAAAAAGGGCGACAUUGCAGGUCCCAAGUACAAGAUGUGGCCUGUGAUCGGGCCGUUUUUGGAAUCGCUGGACCCCAAAUUCGAAGAGUACAAAGCCAAGUGGGACUCGGGUCCUCUGUCAUGUGUUUCCAUUUUCCACAAAUUUGUGGUCAUCGCCUCGACUAGAGAUUUGGCACGUAAAAUCCUGCAGAGCUCCAAAUACGUCAAGCCCUGCGUCGUGGACGUUGCAGUCAAGAUUUUGAGACCCUCAAACUGGGUGUUUUUGGACGGCAAGGCCCAUGUAGACUACCGUAAGUCGUUGAACGGACUUUUCACAAAGACCGCUUUGGCACAAUACCUGGAAACCCAGGAAGUGGUCAUGGACAAGUAUUUGGAAAAAUUCGUGGAGUUCUCUAAAGAAACUGAUUUCAAGCCAAGAGUGUAUUUCCACGAGAUGAGAGAAAUUAUGUGUGCGUUGUCUUUGAAAGCUUUCUGUGGCGAUUACAUUACCGAGGACCAGAUUAGAAAAGUGGCCGACGACUAUUACUUGGUCACCGCUGCUUUGGAGCUGGUCAACUUCCCAAUAAUUUUGCCAUACACCAAGACUUGGUACGGUCGUAAAACUGCAGACAUGACCAUGAAGAUUUUCGAAAAAUGUGCUCAAAUGGCCAAGGACCAUAUUGCGGCAGGCGGUAAAUCUACUUGUGUGAUGGAUGCCUGGUGCAAGUUGAUGCACGACGCCAAGACCAAGGACGAUGAAAACUCUAGACUUCUUCACAGAGAAUUCUCAAACAGAGAGAUCUCGGAAGCCGUUUUCACAUUUUUGUUUGCAUCUCAAGAUGCAUCCUCGUCCCUGGCUUGCUGGUUGUUCCAGAUCGUUGCCGAUAGACCGGAUGUUAUGCAAAAGAUUAGAGAGGAACAGCUACAGGUCCGUGACAAUGACCCCUCAAAGCCAUUGUCUUUGCCUUUGAUCGAUGAAAUGAAAUAUACCUACAUGGUCGUGAAGGAAGCCCUACGUUACAGACCUCCAGUCAUUAUGGUGCCUUACAUGGUCAAGCAAAAAUUUCCAGUGGCCCCCAAUUACACAGCUCCAAAGGGUGCAAUGCUGAUCCCAACUUUAUACCCAGCUUUGCACGAUCCAGAAGUUUACGAAAACCCUGAAGAGUUCAUUCCUGAGAGAUGGGUUGAAGGUUCUGCUGCCAACGAAGCAAAGAAAAACUGGUUAGUGUUCGGUUCCGGCCCUCACGUCUGUUUGGGCCAAACUUACGUUAUGAUGACUUUUACAGCACUCAUUGGCAAAUUCGCCAUGUACACAAACUGGGAACACGAAGUGACACCACUAAGUGAAAAGAUCAAGGUUUUCGCCACGAUUUUCCCUAAAGAUGAUCUACUUUUGUCUUUUAAGAAAAGAGAUCCACUAACGGGAAGAAUCUCAACUUAG